AUGGAAAUCCUCCUCUGGGCAUUCAAGGCAGUCGCCGUCAUCUUCCCUUUCCUCUCCAUGGGAACAGGUGCUCAAGGUCUCUUCGAUCCCGUCGGCUUCUUCAAGUCGUUUGGCUUGCCCAUCGUACCUGAGGAUGGACCUAAACUCACUGCCGAGGGCUCUAAAGCCGCAACAUCAUACGUCUYCCUCAUGGGAAUUCGACAGUUCGCAGCAGGCGUCGUUCUUGGAGUGUUUGCCUACCAGGAAAAGUGGACCGAAAGCGCGACGAUGCUCGCUCUCAUUGGCCCGCUGCAAUCGUUAACGGACGCCUAUUUCCUAAUCAAGGGCGGCACUACAUCGGCUGGGCUUUUCCAUGCCAUUCCAGGACUCGUUAUUUCGGGGCUGGCUGCUAAUUAUCUUUACUGUUAUGCUUGA